AUGGCCAAGAGACCCAGACUGGAAGAACAGAUACAGGAAGAUUCAUACGAAGAAAACAACUCUGGAGAUGCCGGUGAUGCGGACUUUAACGCUUACGACGCCUACAACGUGGGGCUGAUGGAGAUGGUUUCGGCUAUGGCAACGACGUUUGCACGGCUGGCGCUAGCGCACAACACGGGCCCCACUACGAUACAGCGUGCAACCAUCAACAAGUUGACCAAAGAUACAACUAACCGAAAUGUCAAAUUCGGGUCUGUGUUCCGCGCUACAAACGAAGUCUUGCAAGACUUUGGGAUCCAAGUGGAAGCCUUACCGUUGAAAGCCAAGACAAAGAAGGAUAGGCUAAACAGGACAAAACCCGUACCAAGCACCGCACCGGAAGGGACUGGGGAGACGGCUUACAUCACCAUAUCCACCCUUUCAACGCAGGUGAAGACAGUGUUGUUUGGCCUCGACGCGUUGAACUAUACGAUGGACAUGGAUGAUAGCCCGAUGAGCAAGUCCAUUGGUGCGUCAACGGAUGGAGAGGUCAUGACGAUGGGAAUCUUGAUGACAAUGCUUGUGGUCGUUAUCGGUAACAACAACAUGAUUAUCGAGCGCGAGUUCUAUCGCCAUUUACUGGCGUUCGGAUUGGAAAACGUAGAGCAGCCGAUCCAGCGGCCAUACCUCAACUUAUCGCUCAGUCUGCUCAUUCGGUUGUUUGUGAAGCAGGAGUACCUUGCGGCAAAGGUGGAGAAUAGCGACAGCGCCAGCGAUCCGUUGGUGGAGUAUUCCGUUGGGAGACGCGCCCAGAUCGAGUUUGGCGCGUUGGAGGUUUUAGGCUUUUUUAAGGAGGUUUUUCACGGGCAGUCUGAUGAAGACCACAUGAGAAUGUUUAUUGACACGUUGAAGAAGAUCUAUAAGGACUUUACCACGUCAGAAGUGCAGGAACUGUCUGUGCCGGAAACUCAGGUACUGCCCGCACCGGAACCGGUGGCAGAGUAG